ACAGCAUGAUCAGCGCGCUUCCUUUCUGCUAUGCAUUUUGAUCCUGGCCCCCAACCGUAGGUACCAUCACUGAUUGGCUAGCUACUGUCAUGUGAUUCGCCCACCCACUGUUCCAACAUGGCCGCGCCCAGGUCCUAAUUUGGGAAACGUGCACUAAGACUAGUUUGGUUUUCUGUGUCGCGAAAGGAGGCUUGGCGAGCAGAGGCGCCCGCGGAUGUCCCAUACGAGAAUCGUUCAGUGGCUAAGCCUCACUCUCCGCUCCGCCCCCAGUCUCUGUAGAGCUCGGUUUGCAGAGGGGCAGUCCCAAGGGCCGCUGAAUCCAUCAGCGAUGGAGAACGGCACUGGACCCUGCGCAGAAGAGCUCCCACGCGAGGUCCAGGAGAUGACAGUCACCGAGGGGGCCGCCAAGAUCGCCUUCCCCAGCGCCAACGAGGUCUUUUAUAACCCGGUGCAGGAGUUCAACCGGGACCUGACAUGUGCUGUGAUCACCGAGUUUGCUCGCAUGCAGCUUGGGGCCAAAGGAAUCCAGAUCAAGGUGCCGGGUGAGAAAGACGUGCAAAAGGUGGUUGUGGCCUUGUCGGAGCAAGAGGAGGAUAAAGUUGAACCAAAAGAGAGUGAAAACCUGGCCCCAGGAGACCAACCUCGAAUAGCCGUCGUGGGGGAGAUCUGUGAGGAGGGCCUGCGGGUGCUGGAGGGCCUGGCUGCUUCGGGCCUGCGUUCCAUUCGAUUCGCCCGAGAGGUGCCUGGACUCCGAUCUGUGGUUGCCAAUGAUGCAUCUGCCCGAGCCAUGGAUCUCAUGCGCCAUAACGUGCAGCUCAAUGAUGUGGCCCACCUGGUGCAGCCCAGCCAGGCAGACGCCCGGAUGCUGAUGUACCAGCACCAGCGGGUGUCAGAGAGGUUUGAUGUCAUCGACCUGGACCCCUAUGGCAGCCCUGCCCCCUUCCUGGACGCAGCUGUGCAGGCUGUGAGUGAAGGAGGGCUGCUGUGUGUGACUUGCACGGACAUGGCGGUGCUGGCAGGGAACAGCGGAGAGACAUGCUACAGCAAGUACGGGGCCAUGGCCCUCAAGAGUCGGGCCUGCCAUGAGAUGGCCCUGAGGAUCGUCCUGCACAGCCUGGACCUCCGCGCCAACUGCUACCAGCGUUUCGUGGUGCCUCUGCUCAGCAUCAGCGCCGACUUCUACGUGCGUGUUUUUGUUCGUGUCUUCACUGGCCAGGCCAAGGUUAAGGCCUCAGCCAGCAAGCAGGCACUGGUGUUCCAGUGUGUGGGCUGCGGGGCCUUCCACCUCCAGCGCCUGGGCAAAGCUUCGGGAGCCCCCGGCGACCGGGUCAAGUUCUCGGCAGCCUGUGGUCCCCCGGUGACGCCCGAGUGUGAGCACUGUGGGCAGCGACACCAGCUUGGUGGCCCCAUGUGGGCAGAGCCCAUCCACGACCUGGACUUCGUGGGCCGUGUCCUGGAGGCCGUGAGCGCCAACCCCAGCCGCUUCCACACCUCGGAGCGGAUCCGAGGGGUCCUGAGUGUCGUCACUGAGGAGCUGCCGGACGUGCCUCUCUACUACACGCUGGACCAGCUCAGCAGCACCGUCCACUGCAACACGCCCAGCCUCCUGCAGCUGCGGUCCGCCCUGCUCCACGCUGGCUUCCGGGUCUCCCUCUCCCAUGCCUGUAAGAACGCGGUGAAGACCGACGCCCCCGCCUCGGCUCUCUGGGACAUCAUGCGCUGCUGGGAGAAGGAGUGUCCCGUGAAACGGGAGCGCCUGUCGGAGACCAGCCCGGCAUUCCGCAUUCUCAGUGUGGAGCCCAGGCUACAGGCCAACUUCACCAUCCGGGAAGAUGCCAACCCCAGCUCCCGCCAGCGAGGACUCAAGCGAUUCCAGGCCAACCCGGAGGCCAACUGGGGUCCCCGGCCCCGUGCCCGGCCAGGGGGCAAGGCGGCCAGCGAAGCCAUGCAGGAGAGACGCCGGCUGCUGCAGAGUAAACGGAAGGAGCUGGCUGAGGACCCAGCCCAGCGGGCUGCCCGGCUCAAAACAUUUCCUUGCAAGAGGUUCAAGCAGGGCACCUGUCAACGGGGGGACCAGUGCUGCUACUCCCACAGCCCCCCAACACCCGGGGCCUCUGCUGACCAGGCCUCCACUGACUGCCCAGAGACCUCCAACGAGAACCCUUCUGGGCCUGGGGCUGCUGCUGGGCCCGGCAUAGACUGAGUCAAUAAAGAGAUGUCACCUUC